GCGCGCAGAGAAGCUGCGGCGGCGCUGCGGGCGGGCGCGGACAGGCUGACCCGCGGGCGGGCGGACGGACAGACAGACGGGCGGGCGGGCGGCCCAUUGCGCCGGCGGGCGCGGCACCUGCGGGCAGAAGCGUCCGGCUGCCGCAGGGCUCCGACCCCCAGACUCGGAGCCGCCGCUGAGAUGAGCGCAGUGUCGGAGCCCCAGGCUGCCCACAGCCCCCCGGAGAAGCCGCCCAGCACAGCGAUCCUGUGCAACACGUGCGGGAACGUGUGCAGGGGCGAGGUGCUGCGCGUGCAGAACAAGUACUUCCACAUCCAGUGCUUCGUCUGCAAAGCGUGCGGCUGUGACCUGGCCGAGGGUGGCUUCUUCGUGCGGCAGGGCGAGUACAUCUGCACGCGGGACUACCAGAGGCUGUACGGCACCCGCUGCUUCAGCUGUGACCAGUUCAUCGAGGGCGAGGUGGUGUCGGCGCUGGGCAAGACCUACCACCCCGACUGCUUCGUGUGUGCCGUCUGCCGGUUGCCCUUCCCGCCCGGGGACCGAGUGACCUUCAAUGGCAAGGAAUGCAUGUGCCAGAAGUGCUCCCUGCCCAAGUCGGUGGGCAGCAGCGUGCCCCUGUCCCAGGGCCUCUGGAUUAAGGUCAAAGUUCAGCUGCCAACAGAGGAGGACAGGGAUGCCACCCAGAGUUCCUGCCAUCACGGCACCCUGCUGCCUGGCCCCUCCCCCUCGGAGCAGCCCCCACUGCAGGGUGCCCCUGUGCACGUCCACGUCUGCUGCUCCAGGCCUGGACGCCCAUCUCUGGAAGGUUGUGGGGGCUGCGGCACAGAGAUCAAAAACGGCCAGUCCCUGGUGGCCUUGGACAAACACUGGCAUUUGGGCUGUUUCAAGUGCAAGACCUGCGGGAAGCAGCUGAACGCGGAGUACAUCAGCAAGGACGGGCUGCCCUACUGUGAGGCUGACUAUCACACCAAGUUUGGGAUCCGCUGUGAUGGCUGUGAGAAGUACAUCACGGGGCACGUGCUGGAGGCGGGGGAGAAGCACUACCACCCGCUGUGUGCGCUGUGUGUCCGGUGCGGCCGGAUGUUCGCGGAAGGCGAGGAGAUGUAUCUGCAAGGCUCUUCCAUCUGGCACCCGGCGUGUCGGCAAGCGGCCAGAACUGAAGACAGAAACAAGAUGCAGAACCAGGUUUCCAAUCAGGUUUACCCGGGCACCACGCCCUAUGCCUUUCAGGAAACCAGAACCUCUUCAGAGAGCAUCAUUUCCGUACCUGCUUCCAGCACUUCAGGGUCUCCGAGCCGCGUGAUUUAUGCCAAGCUGGGCGAUGAGAUCCUUGACUACAGAGACCUGGCCGCUCUCCCUAAGAGCAAGGCCAUCUACAACAUCGACCGCCCCGACAUGAUCUCCUACUCGCCCUACAUCAGCCCCUCGGUGGGAGACAGGCAGAGCUGCAGCGAGUCUGUCUUCCUCCAGGGGGAGCAGGAUGACCGCUCCUACAAGCAGUGCCGGACCUCCAGCCCGAGCUCCACCGGGUCGGUCAGCCUCGGCCGUUACACCCCGACCUCGCGGUCGCCCCAGCACUACAGCCGUCCAGGUCCUGUAGCCCAAUCCCCAAUUUCCAAGCUCUCGGGCCUGAUGUCAGUCUUGUCCUUGGUGGUGCAGGAGGCAGGGUGCUCCAAAAGGCUAGAAGGUCUGAGCCCUCCACAGGCUGCAGCCGCGAGGCGAUCAGAUGGGGAGGAUGGAAGCUUCGACCCGGAUAACAGAAAGCAGAAGACCAGCUGGCUGAUUCUCAAGGGGGAUGCAGACACUAGGACCAAUUCUCCAGACCUAGACAGCCAGUCUUUGUCCCACAGUAGCGGCACUGAUAGAGGCCCUCUCCAAACAAUGCCAGGGGACAACUUUUACUCACGGUUCCCCUAUUCCAAGUCUGACCCUGUCCCAGGACAUGGCAAGAAUGGCUUGGACCUCCGGGUAGGUACUCGACCCCGCCCUGCACAGUCUCCCCAGCACGCGCGUACUAACCGUCGCCGUGAGCUCCGUGGCUCCCACAGCUUGGUGACCGCACGGCCAGGAGGAGGAGGAGGGGCCCCGGGGACCCCGCUCACCCGCCCACCCACCCCUGCCUGGUGCUCACCCAGGGCCAGAACGCCCCCUGCCACACCCUCUGCUCCCCUCUGCUCCCGGCCCCCAGCCCCCGGGGAGACCUCCGUGUGGGAGGCAGGGAUGGUGGGGCCACCCAGAGGAACCAGACCCUCUUUAAGGCCCCAGCCACCCUUCUCCUGUGACCUGGAGCCUAACAAGGACCUUAAAGGAUGGAGGUGUUUUGUGAGCCACGCAGGCCCAGGACCCGCUUCCUUUCCUGGAGCGCCCUCCCCUGCAUUAGUACUGUCGCCGUGAUCACUCGUGAUGGUGCCCUUAGCACGGGGACCACGCCGAGGGGCGGGCUUUCUCCGCCUGCUCCCAGCUGCAGGCUGCUUCCCAGCUCUCUGAAUCCAGAGACGUGAGGACGUGAGCCCAGGCCGCGCGGUGCCUGACCUGGCCUCUGCCGCUGGCCCUCACGUCUGUCCCUCCUUCUACAGCUUCGCUAGGUCUCCAGUGAGGACCCCUCGGGUGGGGCAGGCACGAUGGCACCAGACACCCCCCACCCCCAUCACACACACACGCACACACAGCCCUGGGAGACUUACCACCACUGAGGCAGCCUCUUCCCAGUUGGAGGAAAUUUGUCCACAAACUGAGGGCAUUCACUGCCCGAAAGAGAAGCCACUCAAAAUUCAGUCCCCAUUUUCUGCCCUGGGUAGUCCUGGCAACAAGGGUGUAACACAGGGGACAGCGAACCCUCAGCAGUCCUCAAAUCCGGGGUCCACGCCACGGGGCAUAUCCAAGAACAGGGACCCCAUAGUGAAAGCUGCAGGUGUCCUCAGGCCUUUCUCCAUCAUCCUCGGGCUCUGUAGGACCUCCUGGUGUGUGUUUCCCAGGCCCAGGCACCUCUGCCCUGUUUGCUCUAGGGAACCCCACUCCAUCCCACUAACUGCUCCCCCACCCCUACCCCACCCCCGUUUAUUCGGAACAGGCAUGCUUCUCUGAAGGGGCAUGAGAAAGCAGGGUCCACGCCCACCGGAGGCCCACAGUGCCGGGGAACGUAGGUCCAUAGGCUCAGCGUGAGGGUCCUGAGGGCCGUGGGAGCUGGUCAGAACGCGCUCUGCUCACCUGGCACAGCUAUUCUCUGACUCAGAGGCCGUGGGUGCUGAGACCACCGACUGGGCCUUGUCCACGCCGAGGGGUUCCGGCCCCCCCCCCAAAGCCAAGUGCCAGGGUUUCUCUCAAAAGGUGGGAGACGAUUAAGAGGAUGCGUGUCAGCUCUCCAGGCCUGCAUCACGGGUGGCCCGGUUGCAUGUCCUCUAGGGAGAGUCCCUUCUUGGUUUCCAGGCUGGAAGGACGGGGUGGGGGGUGCGUCGCUGGCUCCCAGCACCUGCAGGGAAGGCGUGGCCUCCAGAUGCCCCGCCCCCCAGAAAUCUGGCAACAGCCAAUCCAGACACUCUGGCGGGGACACCGUCUUCAUGCCUCUGCUGGAGCAGAGGGCUGACUCUUAAGCUUUACAGAGCUCCCCCCGGGAGUGUUUCCCCCGCUGGCCUCAGGCGGGGAGCAGAGUGGUAGAAAGCCUGUGAGUCCUUCUGCACAUCUUGGGGAGUCGAUAAAAAUGGAAUUCAUCACCACAUGAGGAUUUUUAGCUUUUCAUAUGAGGUUAUCUGGGAGAUUGGUGACAACUGUUGACUUUUCUUUGGGAUUCUUUGUUUCCCUACUAAUGUUCUCUCCUAUUUUUUCUUCACUCUUUCUAAGACUCUUACGUAAUUAAAUGCCUGUUUCUCAGCUGGAAGGCCAGAUAAUUGGAUGACCAGUCUUUUACAGCUCGGCCAUGUCAGAUUAAGUUGUUUCCUGGUUUAUUUUUACUUUCUGAAAGGAUUCCAGGUGACCUAAAGUAAAAGUACAGACGCAGAGUGACGAAAAGCCCAAUAACACCAAAUCCCAAAAAAAGAGAGGAGGAGAAAGAAGUAGGAGAAAAUUAUAUCCGAGACACACAAAGGAACGCGGUAUGGGAAAAACCAUCGAAGCUUAUCUGUGAGCUGUCCGAUGGCCGGGGCACAGGGGUAGGCGUGACCAGGUGCGUGGCCCUCAGUGUCACAUGGAAGGAAGUCAGUAAAUCAGGGGAGGUAGAGAUGUGCCUGGUUCUUGUUCUGAGAGGGAUUUGUCACCAGGAGCCAGCACCGUUAUGUCCCGAAACUUGUUAAAAUGUCCUGAUAACGAGCCUGCCACAGAGCCUGACACUUGGUAGAUACUCACACCUCUCUGCAGAACAAGUAGGGAAACAGCUACCUGCUAAAGGCUUUCCUGUGGACGGGACAGCACUGGUUCCAACAUGUGCCACCUGGUCUGCUAUUAAGAGACUGACUGCUGGUCACCGACAGAUCCCCUUGGAAGGAGCCCCAUUUUGAGAAACCCUGGUGCUGAAUAAGAACAGACUGCAUUUUCCUACUAGAAGACAAAGCCUGUCAGGUUAGAUUAUUUUAAAAGAAAGGAGAAAAACACGUGUCAUCACAAGAUAAACACAAUUUAUU